AUGAGCGACACUGUACUGCGCGUUCGGAGCCGACUAGAGAGCCUUGCACGGGAUAAUUGGUCAUUAUUAGAAGAUAGACAUGUGAGAAAUAUAAAAUGGCUGCGAGAUGAACUGGUGCAAAUUUCUCAUUCGCUGGAGAUCAAGGCACAAUUUGAGCAAUCGGGACGAGUCGCUCCGACGUCAUUUCCAAGAGAGCAGGAAGGCAGUUUUGACAGUGCUGGACUUACUUGGAAAAAGCAAAGGAUUGCGACACAAGAAGAAAAAGAAGACGCAGCGUCUGAUUGUAUCAAGCAGAAUGAAGAGAAAAGAAAACCGAAAAGAUCAAUACGUCAACGUGCGAGGGCGGUGAGUGUCGAUAUUGUAUCCGACACUGGCACCAAACGGACGAGAAAGAGAGGUCGGCCAUCUCAAGUGCUGCUACGAGACCCAAGUAAACUUAAAGUAGUAGAUUUACGGCUUGAGCUAAAGAAAAGAGGACUGAGAACCAGUGGUCUGAAGGCAGUGCUGUUUGAUCGACUGCUUGACGCGCUAGAGGUAGAGCAAAACGAGGACAAUCCACACUUGCACAAGGUAAAGGUGGUAGCAGAGGAAGCACAGGACAGGGCGGUCGUUGUGAUAAAUGGCGAUAGCGAUGGAGACGAAAUCGUAAGAGAGAGCGUUGGAUCAAACAAGUCGUCACGCAGCGUCGUGACAAGUCAGUUGACGCCGCCAAAAUCGGUGACUGAGGACACGAAAGAGACAGUAGUUCCGGUUGCUUUGAUUGAAGACGAACAAUACCGUUCUUUUGCAAAAGCAAAGAGCGAGGAAGCGCUAAGUGCAAAUUGCGUGUUACGGAUAGUGGAUCCGCCAAGUAGAGCAGAAGUCGUUUUAGAAGCCGACCCGUCGGAUGAACAACGGAUUCUUUCUAAAUUGAAUAGUGCGCCGUCUGUCAAUAAUUCUGUGGAUGGUUUGGAUCCAGUUGCUUCCACUGGUGGUGCCAAGGAGUUGAUCGAAGCCCACGACGUAUCAAAGAUGACGCGAAAAUCGAUGCAGAUUGACGGAGAAAGCAACCUGACGAGUCCAUUAGUGUGGAAGCGAAAAUCUAUUCUGCGGAAAGCUUUAUCAUUGGCACCUAGCACGCAUGGACGAGUUCGGAAUGUCAGCUUUGCUCCUAUGAACAAGGCAGAUAGCUGUGAGACUGAAUCUAAGCAGCCCGAUCCCAGUCCAGAGAUUUCUUCUUCGCCAGCUGAACUACACACUUUUUCUGAUAAGAAAAAGUGUACUGAGUCUUGCUUGUCUAUGGAAGAGCAAGCGAAGCUGGGUACCGUUAGCAUAUGUGUCGCUUCUUCUUCGACUUCAAUGUCACCUCAUGAUCCUACCCAGACAAUCUUCGUAGAAGAGACCGAGGAGCAGCGCAAAAAGCGAGAGUUUGACGAAACAGUCAAGCGCGAAGCUGAGAAGCUUAGACUUGCUGCAAAGCUGUCCGUCAAGAAGAGGCUAGAAGAAGCUAAAGCAAGCAAGGUGCUGUGGGCAAAAGGUGACCAGCUGAAGGCGAGGCUGCGGGCCUCGUCUGCUGGUGACAAAAGGAGAAGUGCUCACACGCCUUUGUCAUUCAACGAUAAGUCAACUUCUGAUCAGGUAUCAGCCCCCUUUCCCGAGUCGUCGAUUGCUACCGGAAGCCUUUCUGCACCUCCAGAUGCGGAUCACCUGAUUGCUUCAAAGUCAAAGGGCGAAUCCAGGAUCGUUAACACGACCGGUGGAGAAGCGGAGGAUCAUGCAUUAGUGCAAUCGGUGGCCUGUGAAAAAGAAGCGUCAACCGUAUUAGACGUGUUGUCAGAAGUUGACAGCUCACUGCAUGAUCUACAAGCUCCUCGAGCUUUAUGUUCUGCACGUGAAGAUAAGAGUGAAGUUGAGCGCUUGAUGUCUCAUCGUCUGGUAGAUAAGCCAGCAACGGAAGCUGGAUCUAUUUCUAGGCCAGCUACCGACAGUAUACCACCAGAAUCAUCCGAGACCCAUUCCACCCGACUGGAUAUUGAAAUACACCAACUGCAACGGCAGUCCUUGGUAUCGUCCACGACAUCGCACACAGACGCGACCAAGUCGGACGUGUUGGAGAUGCAUUCUAUCGAGCCUUUGUCAAACCGUAGUAUGUUGGACUCAUUAUCCUCGACGGUCUCAUCGAUCCCCGAGCAAUCAAUGGUGGAGAAUGCGUUGAAAAAAUGCAACGCUUUGAAUACUGGCAAUCAUCGGCCUCUCUCGAAUCUGGUUAGUGGGCUACACUCUUUUACAACGUUGUUGGAAAAGAAGAAUGCUAAAGAAGCAAAUAGUGUUCGCAGUGCACCUGUGAUAAAUGCUCUGAAGCUUGCUGAGAAAUCUCGUGUACUCGAGGAAAAGAGAAGGCUUGAGAAGGAGGGGCGUAAAGCAAUACUGAAAAAGAGAAUGGAAGAGCAUAAGAAGUUGGCGGCGCUGAAAGAGAAGGCUGAAAAGGACGCGCUGGCGAAGCGAGAGCAAGAGAGGUUAAAUGUGCGGAAAAAGCGUGAGGCUGAGCUAGCGAGGCAACGUCAACAAAAGCUGAAGGAGAUGCGUGCAGGGCUAGAGAAGAAGCGAGCGAUGCUAGCAGCUGAAAAGAAAGCCAUUUAUGCAUCUAGUGCGGCUUUGUCGUCAAAAUACACGACGUCUGGUACAGUGACAUCGCACCAUAAGCAUCGCGGCCUUGCAACUACAUCUGGGGUGUCCCAGUCUACUAUUGUGAAGCCAAUAUCGAAGCCACUACAGCAACUCGUUUCUAAGCCGAAACAAAUGGCUGCAUCCAAUUCGCCUCCACCAUUGAAGCAAGCAUCAGCGGUCACGAUAAAGCCUGCUUCGAGACCUCCGAUAGCAUCUCCUGCUUCUGCAAAAUUUGCUCAAAAAAGUCAUUCACCCGAGAUCAUGAAUUAUGAGAUGUCGGACAAUGCAGAGUCUUCUGACGGUGACAGCGGCGACUCGGAUGCGAAGCGUCAUGGAAAAAAGAAAGUGCCGAAAUGGGCCCAGAAGGAUCACCUCAACAAAAUUUUACACGCGCAGUUUGGCAAGAACGCCAUUGACCCAUCGCCUGCCAUAUUUCAGGACUUUGUCGAUACUUGCAAUCUAGAGGCCAUCUUUGAGACAAACGACAUUCGGAAGAAGAAAAAGUUUACGAGGCGGACUAGUAGCGGUAAUUGGCUGGCCGAUCGCCCAACAGCUCGUGACAGAGCCUUGUAUCAACGUGACAUGGGAUACGAGCGAUGA